AUGGGCUCCAACUCGCUCGAAUGGGACGUCGAGAACGGCCAUGUAGGGCCGACUCCGUGGUGGAAGGACGCCACGUUCUACCAGGUGUAUCCGGCCAGCUUCAAGGACUCGAAUGGCGAUGGCUGGGGUGACCUCCCCGGUCUCAUCUCUGAGAUGGACUACCUCCACGAUCUCGGGGUUGACGUGGUCUGGGUGUCUCCGAUCUUUGAGAGCCCACAGAAGGAUAUGGGCUACGACGUAUCCGACUAUCAAUCCAUUUACGCACCAUACGGCACCGUUGAGGACGUCGACGUGCUCGUCAAGGAGUGCCACUCAAGAGGCAUGAAGGUCAUCCUCGACCUCGUGGUCAAUCACACAUCUAUCGAACACGCGUGGUUCAAAGAAUCCCGGUCAUCCAAGAACAACCCCAAGCGGGACUGGUACAUCUGGAAGCCGGCGCGGUACGACGACCAAGGCAUCCGGCAUCCGCCCACAAACUGGCGCGGCUACUUUGCCAGCUCGACGUGGACGUGGGACGAGCGCACGCAGGAGUACUACCUGCAUCUUUACGCAGCGGACCAGCCGGACCUGAACUGGGAGAAUGCCGACUGCCGCGAGGCCAUCUACGAGGAGACGAUGCGCUUCUGGCUGGACCGCGGGGUGGACGGCUUCCGGAUCGACACGGUCAACAAGUACUCAAAGCGGCAGGACUUUGUCGACGCGCCUAUCACGGACCCGGAGUCGCCUCACCAGCCGGCGCCGGAGAUGUGGUGCAACGGGCCGCGCAUCCACGAGUUCAUCAAAGAGAUGAACCGCAAGGCGCUGGCGCCCUACAAGGCCGUCUCGGUGGGGGAGCUGUCCAACACGCCGCACCCGUCGCAGGUGAUCCCGUACGUGUUGGCGGCGGCGCAGGAGCUCGACAUGGUGUUCGAGUUCUCGGUGAUCCGGCUGGGCACGGGCAACGGCUUCGGCGCAAAGUACAUCUACCAGCCGUACCCGCUGACGAAGCUCAAGGGCCUGACGGAGACGUGGCAGAGCUUCAUCGAGGGCACGGACGCGUGGGCGACGGCCUUUAUCGAGAACCACGACAACGGGCGCGCCAUCAGCCGCUUCGGCGACGCGUCGACGCGCGAGUCGUGGCUGCGCUCGGGCAAGGCGAUUGCGCUGUGGCAGGCGACCCUCUCGGGGACGCUGUUCCUCUACCAGGGCCAGGAGAUUGGCAUGGUCAACAUGCCGAGCGCAUGGGGCAUCGACGAGUACCGCGACAUCGAGAGCCGCAACUUUUACGCGGAGGCCGCGGCGUCGGGGAGUCAGGAGAGGCUCGAUGCGACGAUGAAGGGGCUGCAGGUCCUGGCGCGGGAUCACUCGCGGCUGCCGUUCCAGUGGAGCGACGCGCCGCACGCGGGCUUCAUGAGCGCGGCGGAUGAUGGUGGUGAUGAGGAGGAAAGCGGCAGCGGGGGUGGUGCGAGGCGGCCGUGGAUGCGCGUGCACGACAACUACCGCUCCGUCAACGCGGCGCAGCAGGCGCGCGACCCGCACUCCAUACUGGCCUUCUACAAGAGGGCGCUGCGGCUGCGCAGGGAGCACCGCGACGUGUUUGUGCACGGGUCGUUUAAGCUCGUGGACAGGGACGACGAGGAGCUGUUUGCGUAUGUCAAGGAGAGCGUGGUGCCGGCGGCUGCGGCAGCAGGAGGAGGAGGAGGCAAGCAGCCGCGGCGACGCAAGGCGGUGGUGGUGCUCAACAUGAGCGGCGAGACGAAGCCGUGCGUGGACGUGGUCGGGGCGAUGGAGUGCGAGGGCGGCGUGGCGGACGUGAGGCUGCUGGUCGGCACGUUGGGUGGCGACGGCGAAGCGGCCGAGGGCGAGAAGGGCGGCGUGAUGAUGGCCAAGGGCGGGAUGCUGCCUCCGCUGGCGGCCUGGGAGGGGCGCGUGUAUGUUAACUAUUGA